CUCAAUCAACUGGAGAGCGUUGCGUUACCUUGCCAGGCUCUCAGGGCCAGUACGCGUCUGACCACGUCGCUGAGAGCAUCCUCCUGUUAGUUACACGCACAACCUCGUCGGACUAGAAGCCGGUCCUCCACGACACAUAACAAGAUGCCCAAUUGUCCAAAGUGCGACAAGCCUGUGUACUUCGCCGAGAGGAAGACAUCCUUAGGCAAAGAUUGGCACGGUUCGUGUUUACGCUGCGAGAAAUGCAAUAAGACCUUAACACCCGGGGGUCAUGCCGAGCACGAAGGGAAACCCUACUGCAAUCACCCUUGCUAUUCAGCCUUGUUCGGUCCAGGAGGUUUCGGACGAGGCGGUGCCGAAAGUUAUGUUUACAAUAAAUGAAGCAUAAAUGUAUAAGCAGCUAGUAAUGUCUACUUCAAUAUAUGUCUAACCAUAUAUAAGACAAUUGUAUAAUUUACAAGGAACAGUUGAACACUUAAAUAUAUAAUAACAAUCAUUCUAAUUAUUUAUGUAUACGUAAAUGUUUCUAUUUUUUAUAAGAUUUAGAAGUGUAUCUGUUAUUGAAUAUAUACGUAUAAUAACGAGAGGAAUACAUACUAUAUAGUAGAAGAAAAAUAA